AGCUAUAAAGGUUGGACAGGCUAGGACUUGAUUACUUGGAGAGCAGGAGGCUCUGGGAUAAUAUUGGAGGUGCACAAAAUCAUAAGGGGAAUAGAUAGGCUGAAUGCACAGAGUAUUUUACUCAGGGUAGGUGAACCAAGAACCAGAGGACACAGGUUUAAGGUGAAAGGUACAAGGUACAAAGGUAGGAGCCCAAGGGGCAAUUUUUUCAAUCAAAGGAUGGUGGGUAUAUGAAACGAGCUGCCAGAUGAGAUAGUUGAGGCAGGUACUAAAAUGGCAUUUAAAAGACACAGGUACAUGGAUAGGAAAUAUUUAGAGAGAUAGGGGACUAGCCUAGAUGGGGCAUCUUGGUCAGCAUGGACUGAAGAGCCUGUUUACGUGCUGCAUGACUCUAUAAUAUGACUCCAAUGCCAUUAUGGUUAUUAAUCUGAUGGGAUUCUUCUUAUAUUCAAUUAUCUCAAAUAAUUAUUUUGGUCAGAAUUUCAUGUAUAUUUUUUGUGGAACGUACCCCUUUCACUUACAUGUAUUGCAUAAACAUGGGGAAAGGGUAAGACAACUGCUUCAGGUUUCUGUUCUCAUUGCAGUUAGUUAGGUUGUUUGUAUCAUAACAAUAGUAUUUAGUGUGGCAGGAUGCCAUCUUUAUAUCACCCACGUUGAACCACAGGACUUCAUAGCUAUUAUAGGGAUCAUCUAGAAAUCCAGAGAAGUGAUUUGGCCUGGUUACAAGACAUGAUGGGAAACAUAUGAGCACUUACAAUGCAUUCUGAAUAUUUGGUUGAGAGUUGCAUGAAGUGAUGGUCCAGGAGCAUUUCUGUUUUAACAUGAUCUGAUUGCUGGAGACAAACCUCUUUAUAUACAGGAAUCUUUCCUUGUCAAUUAAACGUCUCAAUAGAUUUCUUCUCAUAAUAACUUCUGGGAUAAAAAUCUACGUGAAUCUUCAAGAUUAUUUGCCAACAGCAGUGUUUUCUUUGCUUCUGUGAGGCACUAAGUCGUAUCAUCAAAGAUUAAUCAUGAAAACACUCGUGAUCCUUUCCAUUGUGGCACUGAGUUCUGCUACAUCUUUAUUUGAGAAUGAAUUUCUUCACUUCCUGAAAGACUGGGAUAUUUGGCAACAGGAUCCGCCCCAGAACACGUCAGAUAUUAGUCAAUCUGAACAAAUUACAAUCCCAGCACCCACGGCAGAUUAUCGAUUUUUCACAUGUCCUUUAAAUUGUGUAUGCCAAGUGCGUGUAGUCCAAUGUUCUGAUGCGGGUUUGAAGUCAGUGCCAGCAAACAUUCCCAAAGGUACAGUAAUGCUUGAUCUGCAAAACAACAAGAUUAAUGAAAUAAAAGAAGGUGAUUUAAAGAAUUUGCCUUCACUCUAUGCACUUUUCCUGGUCAACAAUCAGAUAAGCAAAAUCCACCCAAAGGCAUUUCGAUCUAUUAAACACUUGAAAUUGCUUUACCUUUCCUGGAAUUUGCUACCUCAGAUUCCCAAUAAUUUACCUACAUCACUCUUGGAACUUAGAAUUGACGGAAACGAAAUUAAGAAAAUACAAAAAGGAGAUUUUCAAGGAAUGAAGUUUUUACAUGUUUUAGAGAUUAGUGGAAAUCCCUUUGAUACUACUGAUAUUGAACCAGAUGCAUUUAAUGGGGUGCAGCGAUUGAUGUACAUACGGAUAUCAGAAGGAAAAUUGUCAUCAGUUCCAAAGAAUCUACCUUCUAAACUCUAUGAGCUGUACCUCGACCACAACAGGAUUUCAUCAAUAGAACGUGAGGAUUUUAGACGAUAUAAAGAUUUAUGCAGACUGGAUUUGUCAUACAACAAAAUUAAAGAGGUUGAAAAUGGAAGUUUAGCAUAUCUUCCUAAUCUAAGACUGAUUCAUCUAGAGAACAACAUUAUUAAAAAAGUUCCUGCCAGUGUAAAAGAAUUGAAAUAUCUCCAGGCUCUGUAUCUUCACAAUAACAAUAACAAUAUUAGCAAAAUAGAAGUAGAUGACUUCUGUCCAAAAGAAUCGGGAGUGAAGAAGCUGCACUAUAGUGGAAUCAGUCUUUUUGGUAAUCCGGUAAAGUACUGGGAGAUUCAGCCAGCUUCUUUCCGAUGUGUCUCUGGUGCUCAUGGAGUGCAACUUGGAAAUUUCAAGAAGUAAAACAAUAUAAGGAGCACUCCUCAAAGUUCAAGAAUGUGGAAUAUGGAAAUCAUUUUUACAAGCACAGGGAAACAUGGAUUCCAUGAUUAAUAAGGUGCAAAAUCUUGGACAUACACAAAUUCAAAAGUGAAAUUUCAAAGAAUGUGUGUUCUUUGGCAAAUUGUUGACAGAAAUGUAACCUAAUGUUCUAAUUAAAUAUUAUACUUUGUGUUUAUCACAUGAAUUGGAAUAGCCACAAUUAACUCUACUAUGUUCCAAAGAAAGCAAAUUCUGUUAUAUAUUAAAUAAUGUUUGCUUUUAAUUCAAUUUCAUGAUCUGCAUUCUGUAAUUUCUGAUAAGCUUUCCUCUGCAUGUCCCACCAGCCACUGACGAAAGCCAAAUGUAAUUUUAACUCAGUUCAUUUAACACAAUUCAUAGUGCGAUUUUGGUUUCUCUUGUUGUUACCCUGACCUAUAUUGUGCCAACCUUGAAGUCCAAUAUCUAUUUUUUAUGUAUUAGAAAAAGACAAAAUUUGAUGCAUAAUUCUAACAGAGCCUACUCAUUUUAAUUAAAAUUAUCUGAUUUCUUGUGCCAAUCAAAAUCUUUAAGACAAAUAUUUGGCUCGUCCAAAGCAUCGCAUACAAAUGAUAGACACAAAAUGCUGCAAAUGCUCAGCGGGACAGGCAUAUCUCUGGAUAAAAGGUGACAUUUCGGGUCGAGACCCUUCUUCAGACUUAGAGGAGAGGGAGACACAGAGAUAUGGAAUUGUAAGGUUUGAAAACAAGACAUCAAAUGGGACAAAGGCAAGGAAAAUGUAGAAUACAUAAUUGUUAGCCCGGGGAAGGUGACAUCGAAGCAUACAAAGCAAAAUUUUAGUCAGAUCAGUGAGUGAACUAGGAUGGGGAAGGGAUGCAGAGAGAAGGAAAGCAAGGGAUACUUGAAGUUAGGAAAGUCAAUAUUCAUACCUUUGGAUUGUAAGAUGCUCAAGCGAAAUAUGAGGUGCAGUUCCACCAAUUUGCAUUGGGCCUCACUCUGACAUUGGAGGAGGCCCAGGACAGAAAUGUCAGUAUGAGAAUGGGAGAGGGGAAGUUAAGGUGGUUAGCAACCCAGAGAUCACCGCCAAGCCUGCGCUUGAUCUCGCCAAUAUAUAGGAGUCCACACCUGAAACAGCAGAUACAGUAGAUGAGGUUGGAUAAGGUGCAAGUGAACCUCUGCCUCACCUGAAAGGACUGUCGCGGUCCUUGGAUGGAGUCGAGGGAGGAGGUGUAGGGACAGGUGUUGCAUCUCCUGCGGUGAAGGAGAAAGUACCUGGGGAGGGGGUGGUCUGGGCAGGAAGGGAUGAGAUAACCAGGGAGUUGCAGAGGUAACGGUCUCUGCGAGAAGCGGAAAGGGGUGGAGAUGGAAAAUGUGGCUAAUAGUGGGAUCCCGUUGGAGGUCGCAAAAAUGUCGGAAGAGUAUGCUGUAUGCGACAGCUGAUGGGGUAAAAGGUGGGGACCAGGAGGACCCUGUCCCUGUUGCGACUGGGGGAACAAGAGUGGAGCUGUGGGAUACCAAGGAGACCUUUGAGAGGACCUCAUCUAUGAUGGAAGAGGGAACCCCCAUUCCCUGAAGAAUGAGGACACCACAUUCCUGCUAUCCAGAGAUGAUGUCUGUCCCACUGAGAUUCCAGGAUUUUGUUUCUAUCUUCGGUGUAAACAAGCAUCUGUAGUUCCUUCCUAUGCAUUUCAUUUAAAAAAUCAAAUAUUUAGAUGUUAUAUUUGGAAAUGUAUCACCAGUUUAAAUUACAUUUCUAAAUUUGGUAUUUCCACAAGCCAUAACAAUUUCCUUUCACUGUUAAUAUUAACCUGUCAACGAUAGAAAGACCCUGUGUUUUAAUAGAUAACCAUAUAACCAUAUAACAAUUACAGCACGGAAACAGGCCAUCUCGGCCCUACAAGUCCGUGCCGAACAACUUUUUUUCCCCCUUAGUCCCACCUGCCUGCACUCAUACCAUAACCCUCCAUUCCCUUCUCAUCCAUAUGCCUAUCCAAUUUAUUUUUAAAUGAUACCAAUGAACCUGCCUCCACCACUGGAAGCUCAUUCCACACCGCUACCACUCUCUGAGUAAAGAAGUUCCCCCUCAUAUUACCCCUAAACUUCUGUCCCUUAAUUCUGAAGUCAUGUCCUCUUGUUUGAGCAUAAUGCUAGCACAUUCAUAAAAUGAAAAUAAAAUAUUUAAUUGUCAUAGAUUGGUGAAAGGACAUUUUAGACAGCUGUGUAACCUGUCAAAAUCAGUUUGACACAGGCAUUGUUAAUUAACCUAAACAGUAAAAGACUUUCCCAAAAUGAAUAAUAAUUGAAAUUGUGAAAUAUCAUUUUUAUUCCGCCAAAAACUCAAUUUCAAUGUACGAGAAUAAAAUGCUUGCAUAUUUAUCCCAUGGUCCCCCAUGAAAUACCUACAAAGCCACCCAGCAGUGACUAAUACCCAUUUAUUUUAUUUGUAAUACCCAAGGUUAAUUUUAUCAUUGGUCUCAUUUCCACUAAUAAUGCUGAUACAAUGUUCCACUUGAUAAUCCACUUUACACCUCUAUUUCUGCUGAUAAAAUAAUAGAUUUAUAAGCAUUAUUUUUCUCAAAUCCCUUGGUUUCUUGCUAAGGAAUUAACUCUGCAAUUUCUCGUGUGAAUAUCUCUCUCAGCUACAUUUGCAUGAUAUCAAUCUACAACUUCCUUUGUUUACAUUUUUUUAUAUUAUGCUCAUUCUGAUUAUCUUCUAUAAAUGUUGUGGAUGUCACUUUCAAAAAUAGCUCAAGCUUAAUUUUAGUAAACUUCACAUGUACUGUAAUAAAAAACAUAAUGGCCAUUUUUCAGGAAAAAAAGCAAUUUGGUGGCAGGUGUCACAAUGCUAUUAUAUCAAAUAAAAGAAUACUUCUCUUGCUUCAAUUUGAGCAAUUACUUUUAAUAAAAGAACCAUUUAACAAUCA